CUGUGCGCACUCAUACAUUAACUCAGAUUUUCAGCUUUUUCCCGCCUCCUUCCUGUUGCGUUUAGACAACCCGUUGUUGUUUCUUUGUCGGAUUAGCGAGUGUUUCCUAAGUUUGCUCUUCGCCUCAAAUGCCUUUUUCUGUCGUCGAUCCAAAACGAUCCGCGCCUUCGUUACGUGUGCCUGUGCGUGUGCGCGCGCGCGUUUGCGUGUGCGUGAGGUAAACGAAAAAUGAAGACGGAGAGAGGAGGAGAGGAGGGACGAGUGAAAAGGGGGAUUUUCGUCUGUCUAAUGCAGAGAUACCUUCGCUAUGACUGAAUAAACAGGGCGGUUAAACUCUCUCUGGUGGUCAGACGAGGCAGCCUCGGUCAGUCGUGACGCGCGUUGAAAAGGAGAAGGACAGAGAGAGAGAGAGAGAGAGAGAGGGGGGUUAAAAAGGAGAGAGAAAAAGAGGAGAGAUAGAGCGGGGGAGAGCGCGCGCCUCGUGUCAGGUCAUAUGGAGCCCAACCGCAGCGUUAUGUUUUCAUAAGGCGGGCGUGAGGAUCAUACAGGAGGGAGUGCACACGGAGGGGAAGAGUGAGCGCAGCCUAGCGGGCUCCACGUCCCCGACAGACAGACAGGCUGGGUGUGUGUGUGUGUGCUGUAUGUAAGAGCGCAUGAGUGUGUGUCACCGAGACAGCAGCAGCAUGUCGAACCGAAAGCACCGGGACAGCCAGGAGAUCUGUGCCCGAAAGGUGCGGGAACUGGCGCACAUUGGAGCCAACAAGCAGUGCUUCGAGUGCAGCCAGCCCGGGGUGACUUACAUCGACAUCACGGUGGGCUGCUUCGUGUGCACGUCAUGCUCUGGAAUGCUGAGGGGGCUCAACCCGCCCCACAGAGUCAAGUCCAUCUCCAUGACAACCUUCUCCCAACAGGAAGUGGAGUUUUUGCAAAACCAUGGCAACGAGGUUGGAAAGAGGACUUGGCUCUGUACUUUUGACAGAAAGACUGACGGCUGUUUUGACACACGUGACUCACAGAAGUUUAAAGAAUUUCUUCAGGACAAGUAUGAGAGGAAGAAAUGGCAUUUUUCUAAGAGCAAAGCCAGGAGGGAUGUGGAGGGUCCAUGGAGUCCAGGAGUUCAGCCUAUACCUGCUCCCCAUGGUCCCGCUCAGAGCCAGCCUCCGCCUGGACACCCCCUAAACCCAACCGCUCGCCCUACACGCACCCUGUCCCAGUCUCAGAUGUCAACAUGGGAUAGAGCUCCAGCUGUGUCUCCAGCUGAUGUUCGUACGGAGGUGUUCACAGCUCGGCCCACUCGGUCUCAGAGCUUCAGAGACCCCCCUGUGAAAGAUUCUUUGUUAAGUGGGAUGGAAAGGCAGAGGCCAGGCACGAUUUCUCCAGCGAUGGGCCCCCAGAGUCGCCUUCCCUCUUUCCCUGCCCUUCCACGUCCUUCAGCAAGUAGCACUUUCAAAAACAGCUUCACGCUAGGUCGCACAGUAUCCUCAGGAGGUGGAGCUCCAUUCAGGGCCUUCCCUAAGUCUUUGAGCUUGGAUUUUGGGGGUCUCGGUCCCUCACACAGUGCCCAAACUCCUCCUGCCCCACCCCCUGUCUCUCAGGAUAGGUAUGCUGCCGUGUCUCAGCUGGACAAGGUCUUUGCUGACAAUACGCCUGCUACAGUUACCUCCACAGCUCCCUCUUGUGGCCCUCCACAGUACAACACCCUGUUUGGAAACAGGCUCUCUUCUAGUUCCACACCUGCAAGCUCCCCAGGUGUUCCAGAAGCCACAUCUGCUCCUCAGACAUUUGCAAAUUUCCCAAAUCCAUUCGCCUCUACAGCCAGCAGCUCCCAGCCUGCCCUGUCCCCCAGCAACCCCUUCAACAGCACAGCCACAGGUGACUGCAGUACGCUCGUCUCACCCUCUCCCUCAGCUGUCUUCCCCCACUCAGCCUCCUUCCCAGCUCCCAGCACCCAGAAUGCUGUUCCACACGAGCCAGCCAAUAACCAGGAAGCAAACGGUUUCACUUCCUUCCCUGUCCCAGAGGCCACCUCCAAAGUCCAGCGAUCCAUGUCUGUCAACCCAUUUACUGGGAAUGUUUACCCUACCAGAGGAGCGUCACUGAACCCUUUCAUCUGAUCCCAGCGCCCCACGGCCAGAGAGAGAGCGAGAGACUGAGAGAGACAGACAGGCAGAGAAUGUGUGUGUAUAUAAGAGAGAAAGACAGAAAGCUCUUUAGAGCUGGUGCCAUUUCCAUGCCUCCAGAGAUUUCCCUCCUUCAGAUAAGGGGGGAAAUACACAUGCCUGCCCAUUUUACUGAGUGUUGGUUAAUGUGUGCGUGUAUUAGAGUGUAUUACUUUUGUCUGUGGUCUUACUUGUGUGUGUAUGAGUAUAUGUGUGCACCCUUUGGCACCACAUGCUGUAAGUCAAAGCUUUGUGUAGGCGUGUGUGUGUGUGUGUGUGUGUGUGUGUGUGUGUGUGUGUGUCUGUGUGUGUGUGUGUUCAUUCAUUUAAAUGUAUCUGCGUGUGUGUUCUUGCCAUACGUCUGAUGUGUUUGAUAAUAAAAAGCAUCUCAUGGUGCAAUAGCAAGAAGGCCAUUACAGACACACAUACAGCUGCUUUGACCUCCUACUUCUGCCCUCUCAGUAAAACGUGUGUAGCCUUUAGCUCUAGGCUUUAUAGAAUAAAAGAGGGCAGCAGGUGACUUAAGCUUAAAAUAUUCUUAAUAUGAGCUGUGCAUUUUUCCUUAGCUCCAAUUUGAUAGCCUUCUAUUCUCCAAUUUAAAGCAUGUUAAUAGGAGAGUGCUAAACAAGGCUUUAGGCUUUCUUAUGUAUUUGUGUAUGUAUGCAAGGCCUUUUUGUAUUUAUUUUAACAUCAGUAUUUUUUAUUUUAUGGUUAAUUUUUAGGCCUCUUUUUUGUACGUGUCGUCAGACUGCAUGCGCUUUGUGAGCGGAAAGCUGUUGAAUGUACAGCAAAGUUCAUUGAUUUCAAAAAGUGUUAUUUGUGUUACUCAUGUUUAUAAUAUUCAGGACCAAAUAUUGUCAGGUUUCAUUAUACAUGAUUUUUUUUCCUGUCUCUUAGACUGAUUUGUUUAGAAUGUUCUUGUAUGAGAAGUAUCCUUAUGCAUAAAACUGCUCUUCAUAUUUGUUUUGUGUCAGUGUGUACCUAAUGGUGUAUUGUACAUUAUGGAAACAAAGCAUCACCUUGAAUUUGCUGCUUCAGGAUUUUCAUGCAGUAUAUAUUUUUAAAAAUAGCAUUGGCAUUUAUAUUUUUUAAUCUGUGGAAAAUCAUCAUUGCAUUAUGAAUGUAUUUGCACUUCUUUUAGGGCUUUAAACUGGAAAUUAAAAAGAAAGCUAUUACUUUCA